GCCUGCUUCACACAGUCGGGGCCCGGGGGCUGGAGGAGGUGCAGACGGUGACCCCGGGUAUGACUCAGUGCGGAGGCGGAGACUCCAUUGGAUCCACCGCCGUUGGAUUUUGUCCUCACAACGCUGUCUGCACGGACAUCUCUGACAAGUUUCCUAUUCAAGACUACAGAAAUCUAUUUUCUUCUUGUUUACGACUUGUUUAAAAUGUGAAGAAAUGGCCGGUACAAGCUCUGAUUGGGUGGAGAUCUUGGAGCCACGCUCUCGUGAGAGGAUGUAUGUGAACCUCAUCACUGGUGAGUGUGGCUGGGAACCUCCUUCUGGAGUACCUGUCCGCCAGGCCGAUGGGAACCAGUGGUGGGAGCUGUUUGACCCCAACAGUGGACGCUUUUACUAUUACAACUCCACUGGUCGUCGUACUGUUUGGCACCGGCCUCAGGGGGCAGACAUUGUGCCCCUGUCGCAGCUCCAGGCCAUGAAGCGCAGCACAGAGGCCAAGAGAGCGGGAGGAGUUCUCCAGGGAGCCCCACAUGGGACCACAGGCAGCAUCAGCAGCAUGGGCAGUCAGGACCGGAGCAAUCCUCUAUCAGAGGAGGAGAUAGACACCCUAGCUAAAAGUCAAGACGCCCCCGAGGAGGCCACCCAUCCUGAGCUUGACCCUUCAGUGGACAGCAGGUCACAAGGGGAUGGCAGCAGUGUGGAGCUCAACACAGAGAGCAGCAAAGACACACAGAGAGAUGGAUCUCAGAGAUGGCAGCCUGUACCUGGCUCUAAGGCAGCCAUGCUGGUGAAAGUGAACAGCAUGAGCCGAGGUCAGGCCAUGCAGCAGCAGUUCCUGCAGCUCAGCGGUCCUGGCAGACCCAACACCUUCACCAUGCACCCCUCCAGCAGUAAGCAGGGGGGACACUCGGCGCAGGGCUAUAAAACGGCUCCCUCCGGCAAAGUGGGUAUAGAUGCACGCCAUGCCCAUCACCUGAGAAAGGCCAGCAAUGGAAGUUUCUGUUUGGCGGCAGAUGGCGGUCAUCCUAGUCCCAGGCUGCACCGGUCUCAGACCAGCACCCCUAGGCCUGUUUCACCUCAGUACGGUUACACCACCCCAAUCUAUGAUGAACCAGUGACUGAAUGUCCCAUUUAUGACGAACCUCCCAUGGACAUGGAGAUAGAGGGGGCUCAUCUGUACAAUGGACAGCAAUUGUCCCGUCUGACACCUACUCAUAGCCUACAAAAACCCAGGUUCCUCCAACAUCCAACUCCCGGGUCCAGACACCGAAGGAACCCCUCCUCCUCAGACUAUAGCCCAGCCGGACUGGAGUGCAUCAAACACAUGGUCAAUAUAGACCCAAAGCAAGGCCCUGUAACCAGCUCUCCUGUACCCACCCGUACUCCUUCCCCUACCUGUAGACAUGACCCUGUGUUGCCCCAGCCCCAUCCCCAGGCUAGAGGACAGGUGCGAGAACGAGAGGCCGGGCAGGCCCCUAAUACACUGGACAAAAAACAGAACUGGAAAGUUCUGGAGGCUACAGUGCAGCGUGCCAUGGAGGCUCGCCAUAGUCGCCAGAGUAGCCAGGCCUCUCAGGACUUCCCUCCAUCAACACCUCAGCCCAUAGCCAACUACCAGGACUCAGGCUACUCAACUGGACCUUCUCCCAGUCUGAGGAGGAAAAGUCGCAGGAGAGUUGGACCUGGGGCAGGUGCUGGAGGCAGACCCGGGUCAGUGGGCAGCACUGGUGAACUAUGUACACAUGAGAAGCUGAUGGCAGAGAUGAGGGAGGUUGUCAGUCGCUCCAACACCAUGAGAGAGGUGCGGGCUGGACUGGACAACCAGGACAUGGUGGACAGAGGAGUGAUGCCACGCACACGCUCCCCUGCUAACUCUCUCCGGUGGUUCGGAGGGGGAACAGGGGGGUCAGGAAGGUCCUCAUCACGAGAGGAUCUCUCUUCAGCAGGCCGAUCUCUGGGCAGAGCAAACCCUGCUCUGAGCCCUUUGGAGAUGUCCGGGAGACAGAAGAGAACCUAUGAGAAAGUGGACACACUGGAGAUGAGUGUGACCAGCCAGGCCAGUCUAUCUUCCCCUGAGACCCCAGGACCACCUUCUCAGGCGGGAACUCUAGAGCUCCCAACUUCACUGGACAGUCACAAGAAAGGCAUGGUAGAUGGACGCACUGCUUCCUUAGGCCCUCACCGCACAGAGGGGAGAGAGGGAGCGGACUCUGAUGGAAGUAGAGGAGUUGGGAUGUCCUACCAGCUCGCCUACGCCACCUUGCGACAACCUCCACCUCCAGAGAUGGGCAUGGAGGACUGGGCCAGCAAGCACCUCAAUAUGCACACCCAAGGCCUGUUUCGGAGACGUGUGUCCAUCGCCAACAUGCUCUCCUGGAACAGAGGCUCCAUCAAGAAGCCUAUGCUUGUCACCAGUAACCGCACUGUUCGUAAAGAAGCUUGUGAAAUGUUCAAACUGGUCCAGGCCUUCAUGGGUGACAGGCCAUCGCGCCUGGAUCGAAGACACUGUGCUCUGCUGAUUGUCACAAAGUGCUGGGACCUGCCUGGGCUCAGGGAUGAGCUCUAUGUGCAGCUGGUGAGGCAGACCACAGGGAAUGCAAGCCCCAGGAGUCUAGCAGCAGGUUGGGAACUGAUGGCGGUCAGCUUGGCCUUCUUUGCUCCGUCCCCCAAGUUCCGCUGUUACCUGGAGGGCUACAUCCAGAGACACACGGAGCCCGCUAGCGACAAGAAAUGUGAGUCUCACAUUGAGCAACACGUGACUCAGUUCAUCCUGGAUCAACAGGAUCUGAAGCUGAAGAAGAACUCAAAGUCCAGAAAGAAGAGGAAACAGAGCACAGAUGAUGAGGAAGAAGGUCUGCCUAUUAGCACUUAUGCCAAGUUUUGUCACCGGAAACUUCAGAAGGUGGCCAUCACGGGUGGGAAGAAGGGUCUUCGGAAGCCUACUUUAGAGGAGAUUGACCACAGCAGACGGGCCAUAGUCACCCCCUCAUUGUUUGGCAGCUCCCUUGAAGAAGUUAUGGAGAGGCAGAGUGAACUGUUCCCAGAUAGGAAACUGCCAUGGGUGCAAGUACAACUCUCCCAGUAUGUGCUGGGGCUGGGCGGGGCUCAAACAGAGGGCAUCUUCAGAGUGCCAGGAGACAUUGAUGAGGUGAAUGCACUGAAGCUUCAGGUAGAUCAGUGGAGGAUUCCAGAGAAUCUUUCUGACCCUAAUGUACCUGCCUCAUUAAUGAAGCUGUGGUAUCGUGAGCUGGAGGAGCCACUCGUCCCAAUGGACUUUUACAAGCAGUGCAUCAGUAACUGUGAUGACCCAGUAGCUGCCAUUGCUGUGGUCCAGUCUUUGCCUGAACUCAACAGGCUUGUCCUCUGUUACUUUAUCCACUUCCUUCAGGUUUUUGCACAGCCAACAAAUGUCGCGGUCACUAAAAUGGAUGUUAACAACUUGGCCAUGGUUAUGGCCCCCAACUGUCUGCGAUGUCAGUCAGACGACCCUCGGAUCAUCUUUGAGAAUACACGCAAAGAGAUGGCUUUCCUGAGAAUGCUCAUUGUUCAUCUGGACACUAGCUUCAUUGAAGGAGUGGUGUAGACAAAAAAAAACAAAAAAAAAACAACAACUAAAUCUGCUGUUGCUGUACCUGCAUCUGAUAUCCAUAAUGAUACAUUUGAAUCUGUGAUGACACUUAACGUAAGCACUGUCCUUCAGAACACACUGGAAAUUAUUUUUCAUAAACAACUACAUUUUGAACUGGAUAACAUUGUCUUUGGGGUAUAUAAAAAAACAUGAAUUGUACUAGAAGUGUUUGUUUUUUUUCCAAUCGCUCCAGGUAAAAAAAAAAAAAAACAUUUUCUGUCACUUCCAAUCGACUGGUUGGGGCAUCAGUUAAACAGUCUUACAGUAUUUACUUCUGAACUUUGCACAGGACAAUAAGACAAUGUGUAACAGCAGUGCUGAUUAUUAAGUGUGUUAUGUGUGCAAGUUAUUAAUUUUCUUAUUAAUAUGUUUAGAGAUUGAAAUAUGACAAGAACAAGAGUCAGAAUAAUGGUGUCUUAAUAAUUGCUUGCCUGUGAUGUUUUCAGUUGCCCUGUUGAUAGCCUGGCCUUUAUACUUUAUUUACCAUGUAGACCAAGAAAAUGGUUAUGAUGACCGAGCCUACAUUUCAAAGUGCCAAAUUGAAGAUGUACAGAUGUUGAAGAUAAUACCUUAUUAGCUUAAGCAAGUCUUGGAGAGUCUUAACAAUUCUCAUAGUUUCCAAAUUAAAUGUUGCAUCCUUCUGCUGUUUGAUGCAAGUGUCCAGAACCCGAGUUUGCCCUUCCAUACAGAUCAAAUUUGUGGAUCACAAACAGAGCACUAUAGUAAGAAUAUAACCCCUCACAUGUCUUGUAACUCAGGCUUUGGGUAUGUAAAUAUGUUGAGCUUGUAAAUAGUAUUACCUCUAUUUUAAUGUUAAAGAGUGGUUUUCCUUAAGAAGCAAUAAUUAAACUUUUUCUUUGUUGUCUGCUGUAAACUUCUAACUUUCAGCCUAAGACUGAUUCAGACCACUUGUCAUGUGUGCAAAUAUGUGUGCGUAACUUGUUAAAAUAUUGGAUGACUGGUCACAAAUAAAGAUUUGUUUAAUUGUA